AUGACCAAUAUCAAUCCCAGUUUUACACAACUAAGACGCACUAUUCCAGCUGCCAAUAUUGACAAAGUUGAUGAUAUUUAUAAUGAGAAAAACAUCGACGCGUUGUAUGAAAAAAUAGACGGAGCGAGUAAACCAUUGUACCGAGGGAUUAUAAAAGCUCUUAUAUUGAGAAAUAAUGCACCAACACAUGACUCAGUGAUCGCCGAUUAUAUUCAAGCGUUUAAUUUGGCUCACUUGGG